UCUGAAGAAUUUAAACCAAGGAAACCACAGCUGAUAAUUGCUAGGCAACCUUUCCUGGGAAAGGAGUGCCAUGAAGGUCUUCCACUCACACAUUUCUCAGCUCAAGGGUAUAUACUGGACGGAGGUUGAAGUUCUCUGUCAAGAAUCGGUCUCUUCCAGAGAGUCUGUUUUUCUGACACUUGCUCCGGUCUGGCCUCGGUUCAUUUGCAGUGAGCCAAGAUGAAGAAGAUGCUCAUCCCCAACAUCUUGGAGUCUUUCGGCCAGAACGGAUGUGCUCCUUCUCAACCCUCAGGUUCAGGUCUUGCUGGGAAGGAACUUGUUUUUCCGCAGGCAUCAGACACUGCCUGUGCAAUUAUGAAGGCCGCCCUGACGCAGCCGUUGACCAGCUUCACCAUCUGUCUUGCCCACUACUCUCAACUGACCCGCCCUUAUGCCAUUUUCUCGUACGCCACCCCGGCAAGCAACAACGACAUCCUCAUCUACAAACCCAAACCCAACCAAUACAGCCUCUAUGUGGGGUGUGAGGGGGUGACAUUCUCAGCUCCAGAAACACAGCCGAUUGGUGGGGAGGUCUUGUGCACGUCUUGGGAUUCUGCCAAAGGCCUGGCCAAUUUCUGGGUGAAUGCAAAACAAAUGCCCCAGAUGGUCCUGAAGAAAGGUUACUCUAUAUGUGCGGAGGCAUCGAUCGUGCUUGGCCAAGAUCAAGAUAGUAUGGGCGGAGGCUUUGACAUCAACCAAUCCUAUGUAGGACAACUCAGGGAUGUGAGGUUUUGGGACCGGGUGCUGACCUAUGACGAAUUGCAGGAUGCCUUUUUCAACAUUGAUGUUCCUGGCGGCUACGUCUUUAACUGGAAAACAGUCAGUUAUGAGCUCAAGGGCAAUGUUAUUGUUAAGCCCGCAGGGUCACCUUAAAUACAAGAUAAUGGUCUAAAAGGGGAGGGGCAUGAUUUUUCUUUAAUAUGUCUCAAUGUUCCUCUUGACAGAUCAGUAGACAGUGGUUUCUGCAUUGAUCUCUGUAAUCUCCUUCUAAUAAAACUUUGCAUUUGA